AUGAGCGGGGAGGAAAAUAUGGAGACAGCCGCCGCCGAUAGUGAAAAGCAUCCCGAUUCACUUGCCGUUAAAAAGAAGCGCAGCGGCAGCGGUCGAGGUAUUCUAUCCCGUAUUUGGAAGGCUGUUUUUAGACCGCACGGUGACGAUUUUGAGAAGAGACUGCAACACAUUUCUAAGGAAGAGGCUGCUGUUUUAUCUAGAAUGAAUCGGAGAUCCCGCACUUGGAGGAAGAUCACUCGCCAUCUCUUUGUUUUCUCUGUCCUUUUUGAGGUUAUUGCAGUCGGUUAUGCUAUCAUGACUACAAGAUCAAUGGAUUUGAAUUGGAAGAUGAGGGCUUUUCGAGUCUUGCCAAUGUUUCUUUUGCCUGCUUUAUCAUCCCUUGCUUAUUCUGCCUUUGCAAGCUUCACCAGGAUGCGUGAUCGCAGAGAUAAAAAAACUCUGGAGAGGCUCCGGGCUGAAAGGCAAGCGAAAAUUGACGAACUUAAAGAGAAGACAAAUUACUAUACAACACAGCAGCUCAUUCAGAGAUAUGAUCCUGACCCGGCAGCUAAGGCAGCUGCUGCAUCUGUCCUUGCAUCUAAGCUGGGUGCAGAUUCUGGCUUGAAAGUGUAUGUGGGAGAUGAAUCUAAGCCUACUGUUUCUAUGGGGAAGAGUAAUGAUGUUGAGUUUGUGCCAGCUAGUGGUCUCAGAAAUAGAAAGCAAGUGCACACAAGGUCCAGUAGUACAGGGGGCACUCCGGUGCAGCAUGCUGGUGAAGAAAUGCCACUUUCUGUGCAAAGUGAAGGUCCUCUGACAUCCGAGCAUAAUCAGCUUGUUGUUGAGCAUUACAAUCCGCAAGGAUAUACUGCAUAUGAUGGGGGGUGGGUCGCUCGAAUUGCAGCAUUACUUGUGGGCGAGGAUCCAACACAAUCAUAUGCACUGAUAUGUGGCAACUGCCACAUGCACAAUGGGCUUGCUAGGAAGGAAGAUUUUCCAUACAUUACAUAUUACUGCCCACACUGUCGCGCCCUGAACCAGCCAAAACAACUAGAAGAUCGUGUUUCUGGUUCUAGUUCUAGUUCCCCCAAUUUGAGCAACUUGAGAACAGGAACAGGGGGCAGCACUGAACCUAUCAGCAAUGCCAGUGGUUCUCCUAGUGGCGAUAGUAUACUUACAAGUAGUGGCCGUGAUGGAGCUGGUUCUGAGAUUGAGGAAGUAACUGAAAACAUAGCAUCGGGAGAGCAACUUCCGGCAACAUCAGGAUUUAUCGAAAUAAAAAGGCAAACAAACAACGAGGAAGUGUCAAGUGAGGGCUUGCAAAUGUCAUAA